UGUCAGCGCAGAUUCGCUCGGUAUCGUCUUCCCUGCUAAACCCUGAGGAAACUGUUCUAGGGUUUUGCUCUGCUCUUGAGAGGUGUCGAAUUAGGUCUCCUGCGCUCUUUAGUCCAACCGAUCACUCGUUUCCUCCGGCGUUCUGGGCGCCAUGGAAUCCGAAGAGGCCAAGAUCUUCGUGGCAGGCCUCCCCAGGGAGGUCGAGGAGGACGCGCUGGCGCAGCAUUUCAGCAAAUACGGUGCCGUUCUUCGCGCCUUCGUCAUCAGGGACAGGAUCACCAGGAACUCCCGGGGGCAUGGAUUUGUCUGGUUCUCUGACCCGUCUUCGGCUAACAAAGCCAUAGACGAUAACGAGCACACCAUUCUGGGAAAGACGGUGAUUGUCAAGAGGCCAACGCCGCAUGUUCAGGUGAUAGUCAAGAGGCCAACGCCGCGAACAGAUCACACCCCAAUUCCACAAGAUCCACCAGUUGACCAACAAGUUAAUGGGUUUGGAGCGAAUGGUGGUGAUAAUGGCGUCGAUUUCAGGACCAGAAAGAUCUUUGUUGGGGGCUUACCAGCUAGUCUGACUCGGGACGAGUUCAAGAGAUUCUUCGAGAGGUUCGGUGAAACUACUGAUGUUGUGAUUAUGCAAGACAAUGUGACCCGAAAGCCAAGGGGUUUUGGGUUUGUCACCUUUGAAUCGGAGAAUUCCGUCAAGGAAGUUAUGCAGAAGAACUACUAUAAUCUCAAUGGCAGGUAUGUGGAGGUCAAGAGGGCGGUGCCAAAAAAACUGAAUGAGUAUGUAAACGGCAGUUGUUACUCCAAUGGUCAUGUGGGAACUGGACCUGAAAGCAGUCAAACUCCAGGCAGUUAUUUCCCUUAUUAUCCUGCAUACGGUCCCCUUCCAAGUUAUGGCGUCUUCUCAGGAUAUAGCAAACCUGGUUUUGUUCCUUAUGUGAUGUGCAAUUAUUGGGGCCCAUAUUCGGUUAUUCCGAGGAACCCCUCCUAUGUCCCGGCACCUGUCUAUGUGAAUGGUUUUGUUGGGAGCUCAGGUGUGGGAAAUGGUUUUGUUGGGAGCUCGGGUGUGGGAAUUCACAAUCAAAACGGGUCUGAGAUGACGGGAGUUCAUAACCAAGUGGACUUGGUUGACAGAAAAGGAAUUGAGGCUCAGAUCAGGGAGAUGAAGAUUGAAGACAGCUCGCCUCGAAUAGGGGAUGUGAAGCUUGAUGGUGAUUCAUCAGGUUGGAAGGGUGGCAAAGAUGGUUCUUCCUGUUGACAGGUCCCUGGAGCUUUGUCAAAAAGAGUACGUUUCUCUGUACAUAAGAUGGUUGCAGUCGUUGCAAGUCUGACCAUUACAUUUGCAUUGUUAACUCAUUGAUCCCGGGCUUAACCAUUUGAUCCCGUUUUCACUAAUGCAGAAAUGAAUUGGCUGCUUCUCAAAGUUGACAUUCUUGACUACAUUUCGUAUUCUAACUUUCAUUUGCUGCCCAUGUAAUUCAUUGGAUGGCCUGUUUGACGGCACCACUUUGGUGUUCCGGAGUGGAAAAUUUAAGGUUGUCGUGAUGACGAUGAUGAACACAGAGUAUGUUAAGAAUUUAUUAAAUUUAGUCGUUGAUGAACA